AUGGAUAUGGAUCCAGCUUGUCUUUCUGAAGACGAGGUGAGCUAUGAGCUGGCGCUACGUCACGUAGCUAAUUUAAGUUCUCUUCCGAGAAGAGCGAAAGCGUUGAGGCUUAGGCAAAUCAUGCUAGAGGAUGUUAGAAACAAUAAAAUUUAUGAUAAUUCUUCACACAUCAUGGAUGCGGAGCAAAACAUCCGCAUAUGUCAAGAUCGCGUAGAUAACUUGCUAGAACGAUUAAAAGUAGCUUUUAAAUCCGCGGAUUACCAAUUCAUGCGUCAAGCAACUUCGCGUCUUAUUCAUUAUCGUGAACGUUUAGCGAUAGUAGAACCACCUUCAAAAUUAAACGAUACGUACGCAACACUGACUCUUCUAAUCCAAUGUUCUUUAGAGGACAUUGAAGAUGUGUUGAGCAACCCGAGAAAAAAAGCAAGUGGGCAAGUGCAAAAUGCUAGUGAGGAUUAUGGUGCAGCAGCAGUGGAUCUGAACGUAUCCCGGGCCGGCUCGAGCAGAACAGGAACUAUUCCAAAGCCUUCCAGAAACAGAACCACAGCCAGCUUGAAUCAGCCAGUUGACAUCGGGAAGGACCAGCCAGGGCGCAGGACGUCACAAUCGGAAGCCAACUCCUUCAGCUCAGACCGUGACAGCACGUACCUAGGGAAUUCACCAUGGGUGAGCGGAGCUGCCGCAGUUGAAGAACCCGAGCCGAGGAGACAACAGCAGAGGCAACGGCUGUCAGAUCGAGAGCGCAACACAUAUGAAUCACAGCAUACAGCAACAUACCGACGUGACGUUGAAGAAAACAAUUUCGACCAGCAGUUUGGCCAUCAUCGUGGACCUAGAAUUAGCGAGAAACUUGGGUAUCCGGACGACGAAUCCGCUCCUCCUCCGUACGCUUCUAGAGAACGAGUGGAAGAAGCAUCAGCGAGGAAUGAAUACAGCCGAUUAAGGGAUGAGUUACUGGAGCGAUUCAUGCGACGGGAACAGGAAGCUUAUCAACAGCAGCGUUGGGAGGACCGGCGUUCUUCAAGCAAGGCAAUUCACAAUUGGCAGAUCUUCUACAAAGGCGAAAGAGAUGGCGCAUCAUUGAACGAGUUCAUUCAAAGCGUGGAGGUGUUCGCAUUGUCCGAAGAGGUUCCUGAGCGUGUGCUGUUGCAGAACAUCAAGCACUUACUCAAGGGUGAUGCUUUGAAGUGGUAUGCUAGAGCGUUUUUAAGAGGCGAUUUGAGGUCGUGGGGAGAUUUCAAGCGGUUGAUCCGGGGAGAGUUCUUACCAAGCAGCUACGCUUACAUUUUGAGGGCUGAGGCGUAUCAUCGGCUCCAAGGAGAGCAAGAAACCUUUAGCGAUUUCUUCGCGGAUAUCUCAACACUGUUUAGUUACGCCAAUCCACCUGCGACGGAUAGAGAGAAAUUGUUCAUUAUCAAGAAGAACAUGAACUCCACAUAUGCUCCUGUUGCAGCAGCACAGCAAGCAGCAUCGGUUGAACAACUAGUAGAAGCAUGUAAGGAAUUCGAUGAGCUUAGAAAGCUUCAACAGCUUCAGCGGCGAAUGCUACUUCCGGCAGCAUCUCUGUUAGAACCAUCGCUUGCCACACCAGUGCCAGUACAACGCGCUAAUCGCAAUGCUCCGAUGAAUCAACGCUACGGAAGAGUCAAUGUGCUAGAAGAAAUGAAUAGUCGCAGAAAUGAAGAAGCAGUGAGUUCGUACGGUGGAUCGUCGGUGAACAACAGUAACAACAAGGUGGAAGAACGUUUGGAGGAACUGAUUCAUCAGAUCGAUGCUCUGAGGAUACCGGAUUUCAACAAUAUCAACUCUUUAGUCAUCAAUCUCAACAACGACAAUCGACCGCAUGCAGUAAUCGAAGUCCUGGGCAAAAGCAUCACCGGUCUCUUAGACAGCGGGGCGAACUGCUCGCUCUUCGGAGGAAGCUUUGUACAGUUAGUGGAUCAGCUGAAAUUGCGGAAAGGAUCAUUGGCUGGAGGAAUUAAGACUGCAGAUGGAACGGAGCACCAUUUCCAGACAUUUGUUCGUCUACCAAUCGCUUACAAUGGAAAGACCCGAGUAAUCCCAGUAUUGCUAUUACCGACCCUGCCGGAUUGCGUGAUUCUGGGAAUGAACUUUUGGAAUGAAUUCGGAGUCAAGGCAAUAUGCUGUAGUAUGAAGUUACAAGACGAAGUUCAAGGCGACGAUGAAGAGGAGGUCAACAGUAUCGUCGACAACGAUGUAACGAUUAAGAGGCAUCAACAGAAGCAGUUGUCACCGGAACAAUCAGUCGUGCUAGAAGCAACAGUAGCGAACUUCCCAACAGCAACAGACGGUCGUCUGGGUCGUACACAUCUAUACACACAUCGCAUUGAAAUCGGGGAUACUCAGCCGAAGAAGCAGCGUUACUACGUCAUGUCAAAAUACGUUUUGGACGAGGUAAACAAGGAAGUCGACCGAAUGAUAAAAUUGGACGUGAUCGAAGAAGCUCGCUUUUCGCCGUGGAACAACCCGCUGGUAGCUGUGAAGAAGAAGACGGGCCAGUACAGAGUAUGUCUAGAUGCUCGCUACCUAAACUCCAUCAUGAUUAAUGAGGGUUAUCCAAUACCGCAGAUUGCAGCUAUUAUGAACAACCUCAGCGGCUGCAAGUUCAUUUCAUCGAUAGAUCUGAAGGACGCAUUCUGGCAAAUACCUCUAGAAACAGCUUCGAGGCAACUUACGGCCUUUACGGUACCUCAGCGAGGCCAUUUUCAGUUUAAGGUGGUUCCGUUUGGGUUGUGCACCGCUAGCCAAGGACUGGAGAGGGUCAUGGUAACCAUCUUCGCAGAUAUGGAACCAAAGGUCUUCCACUACCUUGACGACAUAAUUGUGUGUUCGGAGACCUUUGAAGAGCAUAUAAAGUUACUUGAAGAAGUGGCCAAGAGACUUCGUGCGGCGAAUCUGACAAUUUCUGCUGAAAAAUCCUGUUUUUGUAGGAAGGAGAUAAAAUACCUGGGAUAUGUGUUAAACCAAGAUGGCUGGAUGGUGGAUCCGGAGAAAACAAGCUGUGUAGUCAAUUUUCCGAUUCCAACAACUAGGAAAGAGGUGCAGCGCUUCAUCGGCAUGUGCAACUGGUAUCGUCGGUUUGUAGCAGACUUCUCGGAGAUAGCGGCGCCUCUCACGGAGCUCACGAAAAUAAAACACAAGUUUCGUUGGACGGUUGAAGCAGAAGAAGCCUUUCUACGACUCAAAUCAUCAUUAGUAUCGACGCCUGUUCUCGCGCCACCGGAUUAUACAAAGCAGUUUGCGAUCGCCUGCGAUGCGAGCGAUGUGGCUAUUGGGGCAGUGCUCACACAGGAAACCGACGGGCAAGAACAUCCAAUUUGUUACUUCUCGCAAAAAUUGACGACGGCGGAGCGGAAAUAUUCGGUGACGCAGCGGGAGUGUCUGGCAGUAAUCAGAGCUAUCGAGAAAUUCAGAGGAUACGUAGAAGGCGUUCACUUCAUCGUGUACUGUGACCACUCUGCCCUCAGCUACCUCAAAACGAUGAAGAACCCUACAGCGCUGAUGUGCAGAUGGCUGCUACGACUCAAUGCUUUUGAUUUUGAGAUUCGCUACCGAAAGGGAUCGGUAAAUGUGGUUCCAGACACGCUGUCCAGGAUUGUGGCUUCAGUAGCACUCACUCAAGGUUCGAAUGCAGAUGGCUGGUAUACUAGAAUGAAACAGAACGUUAAAGAAACGCCGAACAACUUCGCCGACUUUCAGAUCAUUCAGGAUGAGUUGUAUAAGAAUUGUACCUUCAAGGAUGACGCCGGGAACACUACGCAUCGUUGGAAGAAAGCAGUACCCAAGGAAAAUCGUGUCGAAAUCAUGCGGAAAUUCCACGACGCACCUUCAGCCGCGCAUCUGGGAUUUCAAAAGACAUUGCAGAAAAUUCAGGUACACUUUUACUGGCCAAAGAUGAGAGAGGAAAUUUCACGGUACGUCAAGCAGUGCAAUGUUUGCAAAGGUAGUAAAGCUGCAAACUCCAAGAUGAUGCCUCAAAUGGGGAAGCUGAAGCCAGCACGCACCCCAUGGGAACUGAUUUCCAUAGAUUUUGUUGGUCCAUUAACACGCUCACGUUCGGGUAACACAGUUAUGCUUGUCGUGGUGGAUUGGGUUACCAAGUAUAUCGUCGUUCAUCCGAUGAAAUCAGCGGAUUCUUGCAAGAUGGUGGAGUUCCUCGAGAAUCAAGUCUUCCUGAAGUUCUCGCGUCCAAGAAUAAUCCUUUCAGACAACGGAAAACAGUUCAUCUCUUCUGCCUUCAAAUCUCUUUUGAGCAAGCACAACAUACAGCACAUGCUGACGGCAUAUUAUUGUCCUAUGGUGAAUAACGCAGAAAGAGUCAAUCGAGUCUUGGUAACCUGCAUACGAUCAUUGAUUGACGAGGAUCAUCGGACCUGGGACGAGCAUCUGCCUGCAAUUUGCGCAGCCAUCAACAGUGCCAAGCAUGAAGUAACAGGAACCAGUCCGCACGUCGCAAAUUUUGGAAGAGAACUAAUUCUGCACACCGAUUUGUACACUCAGAAAGACCUGAACACCGACGAAGAUCCAAAGAUCGCUCUGAAUAUCCGUUUAUCCACGAUCAAGCGCAUACAGGAGUUUGUGAUGAAACGAAUCCGGAACAACCAUGCGAAGUCGAAGGAGCGGUAUGAUUUACGGAAGAGAUCUGUGAUAUUCAACGUAGGAGAUCUGGUAUGGCGAAGAACUUUUACCCAGUCGUCUAAGUUGGAUCACAUAAAUCGUAAACUAGAUCCGAAGUUCCUGCCAGCGAUAGUGAAAGCAGUACUCGGUACCAACCUGUACACCCUUGAAGAUGUGUCAACCGGGAAAAGAGGUCAGUACCACGCUAAGGAUAUCAAAGCAGACUAA